AUGGCCCCUUCAUCUGCGGACCUACCGCACCAGGCUGAGCAGUCAAUUCAUCCCGCAAACAGCAAGGAGCCCGAUGUCUUCCAUGAUGCCAAAGCAGCAACUGAGGCGGAGCAUAUGACAACUCCGCUCCAAGGCUUCAAGAAAUACCCGAAGGCUGUUGCUUGGUCCAUUUUGGUCACAAUGGCCGUUGUCAUGGAUGGCUACGAUGAAUCGUUGAUCAAGAGUCUUUUCGCCCAAAAAGCAUUCCGAAGGCGAUUUGGCGAGCCGACACCCGGUGGUGGCUACCAAUUGACCCCUGCAUGGCAAUCUGGCACGGCCAAUGCAAGUGUCAUUGGUAUCAUGAUUGGCAUGUGUUUCAAUGGCUACGUUCGGGAAAGAUUUGGAAUGAGAAAGACCAUGUUGACUGCUUGCUUUGUUCUCACUGGCCUCAUAUUCAUAUUGGUCUUCGCGCAGUCGGUGGCAAUGCUUCUUGUCGGUGAACUGCUGUGCGGUAUCUGCUGGGGAAUUUUCCAUGCAACGGCCCCGAUUUAUGCCUCUGAGGUUUGUCCAACCGUGCUGCGAGGAUAUCUCACAACCUUCAUCAACUUGGGCGCUGUAUUUGGCCACCUUAUCGCAGCUAUCGUAUUGAAAGCGACGCAGACAAUGACAGGCAGAUGGGCUUAUGAUCUGCCAUUCUCUUUGCAGUGGGUUUGGCCUGUGAUACUUGUUGUCGGCCUGAUAUUUUGUCCUGAGUCACCAUGGUGGCUGGUUCGAACAGGUCGUCUCGAGGAAGCGGAGAAAACCCUGAAACGUCUUACAAGCGGGGAAGGAACUCAUGAGGCCGUCGCUCUGAUGGUUCGAACGACCGAAGAGGAGAAGCUACUCGGUGGUUCCUCUUAUUGGGACUGUUUCAAAGGGUCAAAUCUUCGACGUACUGAAAUUGCAUUCGCUGUCUGGAGCAUUCAAGCAUUUUCGGGCUUGCCUAUGUCAGCUUACAACACCUACUUCUUCGAACAAGCAGGUCUGUCGGAUUCCAGUGCCUUCAGUAUGAGUAUUGGCAACUCCUGCAUGGGAAUAGCUGGAACAAUAUUGUCCUGGUUCCUCCUGACUUGGUUCGGUCGCCGUACCAUCUUUAUUGGUGGUCUCGUAACCAUGUGUUUCAUCCUUUUCAUCAUUGGCUUUGUGUCACUAGCGCCCUCGUCCAACGAUAGUGCGGCAUGGGCGCAAGCUGUGAUGUUGCUGAUUUGGGUCUUCACCUACGACUUAACCGUCGGCCCGGUUGCUUGGUGCGUUGCCAGUGAGGUCUCAGCAACACAAACACGUGCAAAGACAAUUGCCGUUGGUCGCACGGGCUCUUAUAUCAUCAACAUCAUCUUCAACGUUGCUACACCCUACAUGCUGAAUCCCACGGCAGCUAAUUGGAAGGGUAAGACAGGCUUCUUCUUCGGCGGGACAUGUGCUCUUUCUCUUGUUUGGACUUUCUUCCGUCUCCCAGAGUUCAAAGGCAGAACAUAUGAGGAGCUUAACAUUCUCUUCUGGAAGAAAGUGCCGGCUAGAAAGUUCAAGAGUACAAGCGUCGAUGCUUAUAGCGAGGAGUCCAACAAUGCUCCAGCUGUUUAA